AACAGACUGUGUCAAACGUUGUUGUUGAUAUGUCACUUAUCGUGCUUAGUAUUUUUUUAUAGUUACCAUUGUUUUCCAGUUGGCCUUGUAAUAUUUUAUGAACAAAACUGUGAUAUUCGCCAUUUAGUGUUAUUAUGAAGUUAUAAGAAUGUCCCACAAAUCUGAUAAUUUGGAAAUAGUUCAUGAAGGUUGGCUAACUAAGUCACCUCCUUCUAAAAGGAUUUGGAGAGCGAGAUGGAGAAAACGAUGGUUUGUUUUAAGACAUUCUGGAGAACUUCCUGGUCAAUAUUAUUUGUAUUAUUACACUGAUAGAAAUUGUAGAACUCUGAAAGGACAAAUAGAUUUAGAUCAAUGUGAUCAGGUUGAUGCUGGACUUGAAUUUGAAAGCAGUAAACAUAAAUAUCGUCACAUGUUUGAUGUUCGAACUCCAAAAAGAACUUAUUACUUAGCAGCUGAAACAGAAGCUGAUAUGAAUAAAUGGGUGGACUGUGUUUGUCAUGUUUGUGGAUUAAAACCAUACAUUCAAGAUGAAAAUGUCUUUCCAUUUGUGCAAGACGAUUCAUCAUCAUUAGUGGAAGUUUCAAGUCAGCAAGCGGAAUCUCCCCCAGUUUCUCCAUCAAGUACAGCCUCUGGUCCAUAUAUACCCAUCAGUGAAUGUAUUACCGGCAAACCACUGAGUUCCAACUUACAUUCUGAAGAAUUUUAUGAUUCACCUAGACCUCUUCAUCCUCCCAGUGAUUUGGAGUUGAGGGCUUCUGAUUCUACUACACCACCUCUUCAGAGUCCUGGAACUGAUGUAGCUGAAAGUCAUACUUAUCUUAAUAUAGAGAAUUCAAGCCCUAAAGAUUUUCAAAGAACCGAAAAUGUUGUAAAUGACAUGUAUGAUUUUCCUAGAUCCCAUCAAAUUAAUGGAGAAACAGAAUCUGAUCCUAUUCCAGCUCCUAGAAGACAUUGUUAUUCAAAUGCUGCUCCAUCUACUGACCUUUUCUUCCGUUAUGAUUUUGCAGUUUCGUUAUCUGGUGAUGAGCCUAACUCCCCUCACUCUGAUGCUUCAAGUGUACAUUACUCAAACGUAUCUAGCCCACUAAGUGCUAGUAAUCCUCCCAUAGUUUACAGAGAGUUGAAGCCAGGAAGGAAAGCCUCUGAUUCAGUUUCUAAUGAACCAUCUCCGCAUCAACCAAAUGUUGAUCUUACCCACCUAAGGAACCUUAAACCAACUCCUCCAGUAUCUAGGCCUAAAGAUGAAAGUAACUAUUUAUUUUUUAUUUAUCUUUUAUGGAAAAAAAUGUGAUUAUUAUUUGCACAGCUUUUAGCUUUGUCAAACUUUAAAAUAAUGAACUCCAUUUUGACUAAUGAUUGAUAUUAUUACCAUAUAAUUUAGGUUCCAAACUUACCUAAAGUUUUUAAAAUUAAAUUUAUACUAGGUUUUCUUAUUUUUUUUUAUUAUAGAUGCUCCAAUUAAACUUGGACCACCUCCUGUAGGGAGAUCUGAACUUGUCACUCAUUACCUUGAGCGUCAUUCUCCUAUUUCUAAAACACAUACCGAAACCCAAGACCUUGAAUCUAGAUGCAGUGAGUUUGAUGAGAUAUGCAGCCAAGAUAGUGGUAGAUUUCCAUUUUCUGGCUUCCAUUCAAGAAAUAGCACCAAACAUAUUGAGAUUCAAUACCUUGAUCUCGAUCUUGAUUCAAGCGAUAGUGGGAAUCCAUCAUCUGCAGAAAUCGCUAGGAGUACUGUUUACAAGGAAGUUGAUUUCGUUAAAACAGAAGCAUUUAACAGGACGAGGCAGAAAGUAGAAGAAGAGAGAAAGCAAUGCUCUGAUGCAAAUUAACAUAUAAUUUUUUGAGGAAAUUACAUGUUUUUAAAACUUUGCUAGUCUUCAUAAUCAUAGAACUGGCAGCUCACAUUGUCUAUAUUCUCAAGAAAACAUCCAAAUAUUAAAAUUAACUCUUUAUUAAGAUGAUUUAUUUUCUCAGGAAUCCCAAUUUACUUAUGUAAGGUUGUUUAUGCCUUAUCAUAUUUACUUUUGAAGUAGAUAAAUUUAAUUGUUACCAAAAUGGUUUAAUUUCUCUGUUCUGUAUAUGUAUGUAUUGUGGUAUGGCUAUUCUAUCUCUUUCUCUCCCCCACAUAAAAUACUUUUGUACAUUUCUCUUUUAUAAAAUAGUAAAUCUGGAUGAUUGAUAUAUAUAUAGAUUUAUCCGUUCAAUUUUCUACCCAAAUUUAAUAUUUUUUUUAUUAUUUAUUUUUUUAAGCUUUCAUUCUGGCAGUGCAUCAAAUUUUCUUACUUCUCUUGUAAAUCAAUUAUAUAUUUUUAUGUAAUAAUCUUAUUUUUUAUGAUUCCUUUUGCUGAUUGAAUCAGAAAAUGAGUUA